AUGCCAAGAUCUAAGCGUUCGAAGUUGGUGACAUUAGCCCAAACCGAUAAGAAGGGCAGAGAGAACAAAGAGAGAAUUUUCGAUGAGGUGAGAGAAGCAUUGGAUACUUACAAGUAUGUCUUUGUGUUACAGUUGGAUGAUGUUAGAACGCCUGUCUUGCAAGAAAUAAGAGAGGCGUGGGUUGGUUCCAAGUUGUUGAUGGGUAAGAGAAAAGUUUUGGAGAAGGCGCUUGGUACUACUAGAGAACAAGAAUAUAAGGAGAAUUUGAGUAAACUUACGAAGUACUGUUCGGGUGUCAUUGGUCUAUUGUUUACUAAUGAGACUCUUGACACUGUUAAGGAAUAUUUCGAGGCUUACUCAAGACUGGAUUACUCAAGACCAAACUCUAGAGCACCAAUCACUUUUGAAGUGCCCGAAGGUAUUGUUUACUCUCGUGGUGGUCAAAUUCCCAUUGAAGAAGAUGUUCCAAUGGCCCACUCUUUGGAACCAACACUAAGAAACAAGUAUGAGAUGCCAACAAAGAUUAAGGCCGGUAAAAUUACCCUUGAAGCUCCGUACCUUGUUUGUAAAGAGGGCCAAAAGUUGGAUGUUCGUCAAGCGCUAAUCUUGAAACAAUUUGGUGUCGCUUUGGCUCAAUUCAAGGUUAUCAUUUCUGCAUAUUACGACAAUGAAUCCUCCACCGUCAGCGAAUUGAACAUUAAUAAGAAACAAGAUGCUUGA